GGAUACCCAGCUUCGUGCUUGUGUGUGCGUGCAUGUGCUUGAGUGAGUGUGGGUCCGUCGCUGCUGUGCUUGCUACACACACACACACACACACACACACACACACACAGAGAGAGAGAGAGAGAGAGAGAGAGAGAGAGAGAGAGAGAGAGAGAGAGAGAGAUGCCUGAGCAGUGUGAGCCUCGAGAUUGAUGUCGAAAGCCUCCAAGAGUCGAAUCUUUUUUUGCCGUCGGUGAACAGCCCCGUGCGAAAGAGGACUUGGUGCCUGGCGUUAGUCACACAGAAGACAAAAGAAAAAAGAAGCAAAUUAAAAGUUUGGAGAAAUGGAUGCGGCGUCGAUUCAGCAAGCGAGAGAAACGUUGGACAUCGCGUAUGAGAUUUCCAAGGUCUUGAACACAGGACUUGACAGGGACAUGCUGUCGAUUCUCAUAAGUCUAUGUGAGAAUGGAGUUAAUCCGGAAGCCCUGGCGGCGGUUGUGAAAGAGCUCCGGCGGGAAGCGGCAGCAUUGCAGGCCGCCGAAAAGCUGAUGCCUUCGACUCGAAGCCAAAGCAGCGGUGGUGGUGGUGGUGCUGCUGCUGAUCAUUAAUUACCCGGUCAAAGUCAACACCAUGGAGAAAAAGAAAAAGAGAAACUUGACCGGGCGAAUCAAUCGGUUGAUUUUCUGCGGUUUUCUUUUUGGUCUGUUUUUUUUUAUGGAGUCAUUUUGAGUUGUGGCACAAUCCGAGAACCAGAAUGGUAAAGGCCUAGCUCAGUUGGUAAGGCACGCAAGUGGCAUUCAGGAGGCCUUGGGUUCAAUUCCCAUCGGUGUCCUGUACCUUCCUGGCCAAGCUUGGCGCCAGCCACCUAGAGAUAUGCCGUUGGUCCCCCCGAGUGGCAUUGAGCAGAGACUGCUGAUGUUCAUAGGGGGAGGGGACUGGAGGGGAGGCACAGUGACUGGCCCAUCGAAGAAGCUCGGUCCUGAUGCUACCGGCCGACCCCGGGCCGGUAUAGCCCACCUGCUGUAGCAGGUAUCGCACCUGCUGGUGGGUGCAGCUCCCGCAUGUUCCCUCGUUGUAGGCUUGAGCACCGAUGUGGCUGCUACGGGGUUCCCCGUAAUGCUGUAAUGACAAUAAAAAAGGCCUGAAAGGCCGUCCUGUCCAGAUGUGACGGGUAUUUGAAUUGGUUGGGCUUAAAGAAUUAGCUUAAAAAAGAAAAAGAAAAAGGCACGAGUGAAAAUGACCUACCACCUUCCCCCAAAUAGAAUGCGCAGUCAGUUUUUUUUUUUUUUUUUUUUUUUUUUUUUUUUUGAAGAAGAGGGUGACGGCCUUGAGAUAUCAUCAUUGAACUAACCCGCCCUAGCUAAUUCAGAACGAUGUUAUUUUGUUAAUCUGACUGCCUCUGGAUUGGAACUUGGGUCCAUAUUUCAAGAGUUCAUGGAUGUACCAACUGAGCUAGGCCCGUUCGUAGAACGCACAAUCAUUAUUACUUUCUAUUCAGGGGAAGACGGCAUUGAGAAAAAUAAAACGACCUGAUGCCACUGAUGGUCAAUUGAUGGACCGGGUUGAGGCGCUGUGACACAGGCGAUAGGUUGUCCACAGGCAUGAGAAAUUAGAAGGCAGCAGCAGAGGCGAUAAACAAAUAGGACAUGAGAUUGAGGUGCAGCGGCAGAGGAGGCACUUGCAGGUGUUCCUGUUAUUUUUCUUACCCAGCUUCAUUUUGGGCCUACUAUAUCCGUUAAGGCGGUGAGCACGAGAUUCAGCUGCAGCAGCAGAUGCCAAAUGACCGAUGUUCUUCGCGGGCACGAGAUGGAGGUGUAGCAGUACACGAGGUGAUGGAAGAGGAGGUCGGCAGCAGAGGCGGGGACGAGGUGAUGGAACAGGAGGCCCUAGCUUUUCCUGUUCUUUGUUAACCGGCUUGUUCUUGGGCCUAGUAUAUUUGCUUUCACGGCGAGCACGAGAUUGAGGCGCAGCAGUAUUUGAUCGUUGGUUCAUUUGUUUGGUCAAGGGCAAGGGGAACUGCAAGUUAGAGACACUAAGGAAGAGUUCCUUUUGUACAUAUGGCAAUUCCUUUUGUUGAUUAAUACAAACAUUGCAAAGCAAUUCAUUGGAGUAAAAAUGGAGAAUGGAGUAACUUGAUCCCACCACUAACCAUCAUCCUGCAACCACACAAGUGGUAGUUUCAGAACUGUGAGUGAGGUAUUCUGUGCGUUUGCUGUGCAUAAUGAAGAAAUUUGCAUGGC